AUGCGAUCCAGGGGCCUGUUUCGCUCCCUUUUUCAUUCUUUCGUCGAAAAGGCCUCAUCCGCACAGGCCGACUCGUUGCUGCAAACAAGAACGGGAUCGCGUACUCGACUACUCGCGGGCGUAGAAGCCAGGAAAAAAAGACGGCUCCUGGUCACCAAGCAUAUAGUAAUUCCCUCCCGGUCAAAGCCAGGGCUCGCGACGACUGUUCACAUUACAACAAAUAAUAGAGGUGCACCUGAUAGCGAUGAAGUCAGCAAGGACUUUCCCGACGAUUAUCAGCUGCAUGUUGAAGCACGCAUUCAACAUAAAACUGGCGAGUUUGUUGAUCUGCUCGAGGAAACAAAAGUGGAGAAGCAAACGGCCAGUGUUCAGGCUGCGGCAGAAGACAGCCCUCUGUUGUCAGAGGAAGGAACGGGGACGCAGACUGCAAACAUCUCGUCGGACCCGGCCACUACCGUACGCACAAGUUUAAGCUACCCAAACUUGGCACCCAAUCCACUGGAUAUAAUAGACGACGAAGCGUUCGGAAUCGCCCGGAACGCUUUCUACGAGUCCAAACUGGAGAUGCCGCCACCGCUGAUCCCAGCAAAUGGAACCGGUUUCCAGCCAGAACCCGUACUGCCUGAAUACAUGUAUCCUCAUGAAGUCAGAUGUCCCGCGGGAUGGGUGUCUUGGGGUCCUCACUGCUUAACUCUCGUGGCGGUCCCGACAUGGACGACCUGUCCUGGAGAUAAAUCUUUCAAGAAACAUGGUCUACGCGCACGUAUGAGUGUGACUUCUCCCGGGAUCUGCGCUGUUACUAGAGAAACUGGAGUCACAUUAACCUGCCCUCCAGGAUACGAGCCUCACUUCACGGAGAUCCCAGCAUUCAAAGAGAAAGAUAUUGCGGAGGGGCGAACCGACAAGAGUAACGAACCUGUUGGACGGGCGUUUACCUGCACUCAGCUGGAUUCCAUCCCACUCGCCGUCAGUGGUGGCAGCCUCUGCCCUCAAGGGUACACGCUCUCGGACUUUGGCACAUGCGAGGCGAAAAGACAGGUCGGCCCUUCUCUGACUUGUCCCGAGGGUUUCCUGCUCGGUGGAGAGCAAACCAACCCGUACGCAGUCCUGAGUCAAGAGUAUGCCAAAUGCGGGUCAGUGGAAUACUACCGCGGAAAGGUUUGGUGUCCGGAUGGAUUUAUCCCUCUGGGUCUUAAUAUUCCUAAUUUGCCCUUCGGGAGCAGUCUGGACGCUUUCGGAACGAUUGACAAGGUAGCCGCGGCGGCCAACACCGGCCCGCCGUCACCACAGCAAAGAUCGCUUAAGAAAGGGGUGACGCCGGUUGGGUCAGGGUCUCUGAAGUUGGAGAAAGCGAAAGCCCUGAGCAUUGCCGAGGAGCUCCGCGCUUUCUUUCCAGCCCCCUUCGUGGACGUAGUCCUAAACAAUACGCUCAAGGAAUUAGAUAUAGAAACAGAAGCUAUCCCUGGGCAAGAGGUUAGCCGCGACAACCUGGGAGAAAAAGCAGUCAAAAGAGCAGCGUACAGCGAGGAGGAGAAAGAGGCGGAGGAUGUCGAAGAGGAGGACGUUGACGUGGAGGAUAUGGAUGAUGAGAUAUGGAUUAUCGAUGAGGCAGAGGUGGACUCAGGAAGUGUCCCUGAAAAGACCAGUCAAACUCGGUCACUGCAGAAAAAGGUCAGUCCAAGAAUGCCUGCAGAUACCGCAAGCCUGGCUCGCGAUGCAGUAUUUGCCCGACCCGAAUUUGCGACGGAGGCCACUCAUGAUAUCUUCAGUAGUUCGAGCGACAUGGUCUCUGCCGUCAUGGAAAAAUCCUCUGGGGAGGCUCCACUUCAUGGGUCAGUUUCUCCACUGCACACGCCUGGGACGGCUGUCUUUGCGAAAACAGGACAUCAAGUGACAGAUUAUCAUGUCCACGAAGACGGCUUUGACAUCUCAGUCAACGAAAACGGCUCAGGCAAUGGCAUCGGAAGGAGGCUGCAAGAGCCACGGCCAGUUUCACAAGGAGCAUACUUACCGGCUGAUAUGGAGAUGCAGUUGAUGGCCAAGAUUCCCCCGGGAGGUGCCUGCAUCCAUCUCGUGGGCAUGUUCGAGGCGCACUGUAACAAAGUCGAAUGCCGCGGCCACAUCAUGAAAAAAAUUCAUAAGCUCGUCUACGACUGGCUCGAUUACCGCCUGAGAGUGGACAUAAGACAGGUCGACAUGUUUAUUCCCAACGGGAGGGACUUCAGGAGAACAGUCCCAGGGUAA